AUGAUUAUCAGAGGUUUCCAAGAACAAUAUUUCUAUCUCUGUUUCUUCAUUUUCCUCUUCCUCUUUCCCAAUGAAGUCCUAGCCACAUGUCGCUUUCCAGAGUUCUUACAACGUGAUGAACCUUGGGCAGCUGAUUACGGUGAAGGUCGCUUCGUGGCUUACGUAAAAAACACCUAUAUGCAGAUUAAUCAGCUGAAGGGAGGGAAUGAUAGCAACUAUGCCCGUCGGUGUAUCGAGGAAACGAAAGGUAACAAGUACUUGGUCACACACGAGGAAAAGCUCCAACCAACUAAAUAUAUGUGUAUGGAAUUCUUACAAAGGAGUAAAAACAUCGUUCAACUCAAGGUAUCCAGACCGUCUGAUCGACGCUCUAUAGAACUGUGUGACGAGAGUGGUAUGGGUUUGGAUCAUUGGCCAAUCGUUCAAAUGGCUCAGUCACCGGAAGAACGCAUCGUGUGCCCAUUUGUCGGAGGGUACAAUAUCAAUAUGUACUUUCCUAAUGAAACCAUGGUCUGUAGAGACACCAUGCUUCUGCUGCGUAUGGAAAGCGAGUGUGAAUCAGGUGAAGGCAUCACGUUUGACUUUCGAGAUGAGAAAUGUAUUCCUGCUAAUUUACCCAGAGAGGUUAAACAGCGAGCUUAUUGUAUUGCCCAUUGGACUGAAGGCAUUCACACUUUCAUUGUUCUCCAACACUCUAAAGUUCAUAAACAUAUUUGGUGUUUGAGGAUAUCGGACGCGCUAGGAGAUAUUAGAACGGCGCACCUGUUUCUCAAUCUCGUGUGUGAUCCAAAUGAACAUCUUACGGACGCGUUACAUUAUUUCCACUUCCGGAUGUCGCGAGUCAUUUAUUCAACUAUAUGCGCUGAUGAACUUGACGGUUGUUCGAUAAUCCAACAAUACUGCUCGACGGGUUUCAAACGACACUGUAGCAAAACGUGUGGGGCUUGUGAAUAUGAAAGUGAAUUAGGAUUAUGUACCUUCCCAGAACACUUACGUGGACAUUGGGUUGAGAGUUCUAGGAAGCAAAGCCGAGAUGUGACCGUCAAAGAUUACUCUCUUGGCGUCGAAAGACUCGGAAUGUUUGAAUGUAUCGAGAUUGAAAGCGAGAAGUAUUCAGACAAACGUAUCUUACUCGAAUUAUUUGAUAAUGGUUGCUAUCCUCGUUACGCAUGCGUGGAUCUGGAAAAAAUAGCGCCUUCAGUUAUGAUUUACAGGUUAGGUAACCGAAUCGACUGGCCACUGCCUAAUAAUAAUAAUGAUAAGGAAUAUUUGUGUAAAAGAGAUAAAUUCAAAGACCCCGAUGCAAACUUUUAUGCUAAAGAACGGCCACCUAAAAUCUUAAUAAACACGGACGUGUACCAUCCCGUCAAAUGUGGACUUCCGGCAAAGUACCAUCAUGGCGUUUCGUUCAUUGAAGAGGGUAAAAUGUGCGGUGGUUGUCUACACUACAGUCCUUUCAGCGAUUCGGAUAAAAUAUAUAUCCAACCAGUGAAUUGUUCCGUAGAUCCUUAUCCACUGGAGUAUAAUUGUUUAGCAUCAUUUGAUUUCGGCAACAAAACACAUGCUGUCGUUACGAGAACUAAAACCCCAAGCGAUUAUGGACAGUAUUUGUGUUGGGUUUUCACUAUCGAUAAUAAAAUCAAAGUUAUCAAAUCGGCCGAUUGUUAUGUGUUUGAAGACGAAUUUGCUGACCCAGAAGGUCUUGAAGCACAAUUUUCUAUUAUGGAUGUCCCUGAUGAUUCACCAAAUAAUUUAUGUCGUAACUUGGUUUUCGCACCAAGAACGACAAGUGCUAGACAAGCUAGUAAUGGAACGACAGCUCCGCCAAAAGUGCGUUAUACUAUCAUAGAACCUAAAGAACCAAAUGCUCAAAUUGACACUGAAGCGAGACCAGUUUACGACAAUCGGAAUUCGGUUUCGAAUGUACAGUUCAGUGGAUUAACUUUGACAUUUGUUUUGACGUGUUUAAACUUCAUUAAUAUAAUGGUGAAAUAA